AUGCCCGGCUGGCCCUGGGGGCUGCUGCUGACCGCGGGCACGCUUUCCACCGCGCUGAGCCUGGGGCCGCCAGCGCCCGCCGACCCCUGCCAUGACGACGGGGGUGCGCCCCGCGGCUGCGUGCCCGGCCUGGUGAACGCCGCCUUGGGCCGCGAGGUUCUGGCGUCCAGCACGUGCGGGCGGCCGGCCACGCGGGCCUGUGAUGCCUCGGACCCGAGGCGGGCACACCCGGCCGCCCUCCUGACCUCGGCGGGGAGCACCACAAGCCCUGUGUGCUGGCGUUCGGAUUCACUCACGCAGGUGCCCCACAAUGUGACUCUCACAGUGCCUCUGGGCAAGGCUUUCGAGCUGGUGUUCGUGAGCUUGCGCUUCUGCUCUGCGCCCCCGGCCUCGGUGGCCCUGCUCAAGUCACAGGACCAUGGCCGUAGCUGGGCCCCACUGGGCUUCUUCUCCUCCCGCUGUGGCCUGGACUAUGGCCGCCUACCUGCCUCUGCGGACAGCCCACCUGGCCCAGGGCCUGAAGCUCUGUGCUUCCCUGAGCCCCAGGUCCAGCCUGAUGGCGGUGGCCUUCUGGCUUUCAGCGUGCAGGACGGAAGCCCACCAGGCCUGGAUCUGGACAGCAGCCCAGUUCUCCAAGACUGGGUGACUGCCACAGACAUUCAACUAGUGCUCACAAGGCCUGCCGUGCUGGGGGACACCAGGGACUCCGUGGCCAUGGUCCCUUACUCGUACUCAGCUACUGAGCUCCAGGUGGGCGGGCGCUGCAAGUGCAAUGGGCAUGCCUCAAGGUGCCUGCUGGACACCCAGGGCCACCUGAUCUGCGACUGUCAGCAUGGCACCGAGGGCCCCGACUGCGGCCGCUGCAAGCCCUUCUACUGCGACAGGCCAUGGCAGCGGGCCACGGCCCGGGAAGCCCACGCCUGCCUUGCUUGCUCCUGCAACGGCCAUGCCCGCCGCUGCCGCUUCAACAUGGAGCUGUACCGACUGUCCGGCCGUCGCAGCGGCGGCGUCUGUCUCAACUGCCGGCACAAUACCGCAGGCCGUCACUGCCACUACUGCCGGGAGGGCUUCUAUCGCGACCCUGGGCGUGCCCUGAGUGACCGCCGCGCUUGCAGGGCAUGUGACUGUCACCCUGUUGGUGCCGCUGGCAAAACCUGCAACCAGACCACAGGCCAGUGUCCCUGCAAGGACGGCGUCACCGGCCUCACCUGUAAUCGCUGCGCCCCUGGCUUCCAGCAGAGCCGCUCUCCAGUGGCCCCCUGUGUUAAGACUCCUGCCCCUGGACCCACUGAGGAGAGCAGCCCUGUGGAGCCCCAGGACUGCGACUUGCACUGCAAACCAGCCCGGGGCAGUUACCGCAUCAGCUUGAAGAAGUUCUGCAGGAAGGACUACGCGGUGCAGGUGGCGGUGGGAGCGCAGGGCGAGGCGCACGGCUCGUGGACGCGCUUCCCGGUGGCCGUGCUUGCAGUGUUCCGGAGCGGCGAGGAGCGCGCGAGGCGGGGAAGCAGCGCGCUGUGGGUGCCCGCGCGGGACGCGGCCUGCGGCUGCCCGCGCCUGCUGCCGGGGCGCCGCUACCUGCUGCUCGGCGGCGGGCCAGUGACCGCGGUCGGGGGCCGAGGGCCCGGGCUCAGCGCGACCCGCGGGAGCCUCGUGCUGCCUUGGCGCGAUGCGUGGACGCGGCGCCUGCGGAGGCUUCAGCGGCGUGAGAGGCGGGGUCGCUGCGGGACUGCCUGA